CCGCUCACUCGACUUAUAACGAUUCAAGCAAACCACAACCUGCUGACCGUUCACUGACCCAGAUUGCCAACACAAAAUCAAUAGAUGUCGGCCGACCAGGAUAUCUGUCACUUGUGCAAGGAGGACCUGCGGGACCCUGUGUCCAUCCCAUGUGGACACAUCUUCUGCUCCAUCUGCCUGAAGACCUACUGGGACCAUGCUGAACACACGGGCACCUACAUGUGUCCCCAGUGCCGGGUCACGUACAACAAGAGGCCCACGCCGCGACGCCUCCACUCCUCAAACUCCCACUCCUCCUCGCGCCAUUCCAUGUCCAGCUACCAGGCCACCGAGCCUUCGCCCCCGGCCCCGCCAUCCCCGGAUUACAACUACGCCGGCUCCCGCGACGUGGGCUGCGACAUUUGCAUCGGCCGCAAGCUGAAGGCCGUUAAGUCCUGCCUCAUGUGCCUGGCGUCGUACUGCGAGAAGCACCUGAAGCCCCACCACGAGAACGCCGCCUUCAAGAGGCACAAGCUGGUGGACGAGAUCGGUCACCUGGACCGCCAGAUCUGCCCGCAGCAUCAGAAGGGGCUGGAGCUCUACUGCCGCACUGACCAGAUGUGCAUCUGCGUGCUGUGCACGGUCAAGGAACACAAGGGCCACGACAUGGUGUCCGCCGAGCAGGAGAGAGCAGAUAUGCAGCAACGUCUAGGUGCCACGCAGGCAGAAAUCCAGGAGAAGAUUCACGACCGGGUGAAGCAGAUGGAUGAGCUCAAGCAGGCUGUGGACUCUCUUAAGCACUCAGCCCAGCGGGCCCUGCAGGAAAGCGAGAAGCUCUUUGGGGACAUGCUGCGCUCCAUUGAGAGGAUGCAACAGGAAAUGAGCAAGCUCAUUACGUCCAAUAAGAAGGCGGCGCUCAGCAACGCUGAGGGCCACAUGGACAGACUCACCCACGAGAUUACGGACCUGAAGAGGAGGGACAACGAGCUGACCGCGCUGUCACGCACCGAGGACCACAUCCAUUUCAUCCAGAGCUACCACAUGCUCAUCGCCCAGACUGAUGCGGAGGAGCUGCCCAGUGUCAGUGUGAACCCCUACUUCUCAUUCGGCUCCGUCACCAAGGCCGUGUCCGAGAUGAAGCAGCACCUGCAUGAGUUCAGCAAUGAGGAGCUGGUCAAAGUGGCCAAGACAGUUAAUAAAAUGCCAUUCUGUCAGCUGGAGGAGCGAGGCAAGAAGAGGAGGACAAUGAAAUCUGAUGAAGUUCAAAUGUACAAGAGCCCAAGCCAGCAGCCUCGGAGCAGAGAUGAGUUUCUGCAGUAUGCCUGUCAGCUCACACUGGACUCAAGCACGGCCUACAGACAACUCUAUCUGUCACGGGGGAACAGGAAGGCCACUCUGAAGAGAGACCCCCAGGCGUACAGUGACAGUGCUUCCCGGUUUGACUGCCUGCCUCAGGUGCUCUGUAAGGAGGCCCUGUCCGGCGGUGCGUACUACUGGGAGGUGGACUGGAGUGGAGAGGGCGCCUCCAUCGGGGUCACCUUCAAAGGCAUUAAGCGGACGGGCUACGGCGACUCCGCCCGCAUCGGCUACAACCGCAAGUCCUGGAGCCUCUUCUGCUCAGACUCCAGCUACUCGGCCCGCCACGGCAAAGAGCAGAACGAGAUCAACGCGCCCUACUGCGCCCGCGUCGGGGUCUUCCUCGACCACUCUGGAGGAACCCUCUCCUUUUACAAUACAGAGUCCAUGGCGCUUAUCUAUCAGUUCAAGGCCACCUUCAGUGAACCCGUUUACCCUGGUUUCUGGGUCUGGUAUGAGUCAGCAAUAACACUAUGUCAACUGUAAAUAAACAGUUACUUUAUUAUAUGUGAAAUUAAUUUGAUUUGAUUAUAAAUCAAUUGUAUAAUUUGUAUUUUUUUGUUUUUGGUAAAACAAAUGCAUAUUAUUUGUGAAGUAAGUUACUAACACAGUGAUACAUACUUCUUAUUGAAAUAUCUGAUCUAUUGUUUGUGGUCAGAAAAUAAAAUGAUCUAGAUUUUUAUUUAAUCGUAUGUUGAUAUUUUAAUCCUGUGAAUAGAUUAUAUGAAGAACAAAUAAAGUGAACUUGUGAAAAUGGCA